AUUAACGAAAAUCACAGGCUUUGGCGGGAUGUCGCUGUUCUAAGCCCUCUUUCGAAAGCUGAUUUUUCAUGCUUGAUCCCGUUUCUUGUUCACCGUUUUCUCUUUCUCCGCCUCCAUGGCGAGACAAACCCUAGAAUUCCAGCUCAAUCGCGCCAAAAUCCCCAACAAGACCCUCUCGAUCUCCCUUGCCAGCAUCCCUGAAGCUUCUUCAAGGAGAUUCCGUGAUUUCCCUUCCAUUUCAAGCAUCUCUAGAUCCGGAAUUAGGUAGGAGACGGGGAUGCGCUCCCAUUUUCUACGUUCUCUCGUUUAUUGCCCGUCUUUUCAGCUCUCGCAACCAGCUGGAGCUCGAGUACGAGGGAUUUCAGGACGUUUGCAGCUGUACGAGGCGCAUUUUGGCGGAAAUCUGGCGUUCGGUGGGAGCCAAAGUGGAUAGCUGACAGUUCUCUGGUGAUGAUCGGCUGAUCGUGGGACAAUGUCGAGGAUUGCAAAGUGGAAGCUUGAAAAGACAAAAAUAAAAGUGGUUUUCCGGCUGCAAUUCCAUGCUACGCAUAUUCCACAACCAGGGUGGGACAAAUUGUUUGUGUCCUUCAUUCCUGCUGAUUCUGGGAAGGCAACAGCAAAGACAACCAAAGCAAAUGUGAGGAAUGGGAACUGCAAAUGGUCUGAUCCCAUCUACGAGACUACAAGACUUCUCCAAGAUGCCAAGACCAAGAAAUACGAUGAGAAGUUCUACAAGCUUGUGGUGGCAAUGGGUUCUUCUCGGUCUAGCCUCCUUGGUGAGGCUAACAUCAACCUUGCUGAUUAUGCAGAUGCAUCAAAGCCUUUGUCUGUUGCACUGCCACUUCAUGGAUGCAACUCUGGAACUGUUUUACAUGUCACUGUUCAGCUGCUCACUUCUAAAACAGGUUUCAGAGAAUUUGAACAGCAAAGGGAGCUCAGAGAGAAGGGGUUUCAGAAGAUAAAUGAUCAUAAUGUUCAUGAAGAACCUGCUGAGAAAGAAUCUGUAGAGAUGGCUAAUGAUCAUAUUGAUAAGGUGAGUGCAAGAGUUAGAUUCAAACCAGACUUUGCAGAGCUUCCGUCACUAGAAGAGGAAGAGGAAUUCAAUGAAGAUAACACAGACUCAGCUAUUGGAAUGGAUGGUUCAUCCCAUACUUCAGAAAGCUUGUAUGCUGAAAAGCAUGACAUUUCCAGCACAAAUGAAGUUGACAGCCUCAAGAGCACAAUCUCUGGUGAAUUGAGCGCAUAUUCUUUAAGCCAAAACAAUCAGCCUGAGAAAAGGGAUGUAUGUGGUCCUCAGCCUGUGUCACAAGGGAGCAAUGAUUGGGUUCAUGGAUGGAGCUCAGACUAUUCGAUGGACAAUGAGCUGGCUACUGCUUAUGAUGAAAAUGGUAGACUUAAAGGAAGCUUGGAGGUAGCUGAGGCAUCUAUUCAAGAGCUUAAGUUGGAAGUAGGUUCUUUACAAAGUCAUGCUGAUGAGCUAGGUGCGGAAACACAAAGGGUCACCCUGCAACUUGCUGCAGAGAUUGCUUCGGGAGAAGAAUUGGCAAGGGAAGUUUCUAUACUGAAAUCUGAGUGUUCAAAACUUAAGGAUGGUUUUCAGGAACUGAAACAUUCUAAACAAAGCAAGAGUUUUACUGGCAUGGAAGCUGAAUUGUUCAGUUUGUCUUCUCCCUUCGUUCAAGUUUCAUCUGCAGGGAAGAUAUGUAAUCUGUCAGAGGGUUCUUUUGUUCAUGACUUACAGAUGAAGUGGCAACGGGGCCUUUUGCUCAUGGAAGAUAAAGUAAGAGAAAUUCAAAACAAGGCAUGCCUCACAUACCAUGAAAGGGACAUGGGUUUCCUUCACUCUGACCUGGAGGUCCUGGAUUCAGUCCUGCAAGAUUUCAAGGAAGGAACCGCACAAUUAGUUUCUAUGCUAAAUGCACAGCCAAUAGGAAGAGAAGCUGGAAGGGUGACCGGAGCGGCGAGUGCACUGGAACCUGAGCAGUUUGUUCCAGGAGGUGUGCUGGGGAUAGGUGAUGCAGAUCUAUAUCUCUCAGAAGGAAAUCUUCAUUCUUUUAGUAGGCCUGGUCAAAUCUCCUCAGAAUUUGAUCCUAUAGAAGAUAAUCUAGAUGCUACUGAUGUGAUGAAAGGUAAGAUUUGUGAGCUUUUAAGUGAGUUGGAGGAGUCCAAAGCUGAACGUGGAAAUCUCAUUAAAAAAAUGGACCAGAUGGAGUGCUACUAUGAAGCGCUUAUCCAGGAGCUUGAAGAAAGUCAGAGACAAAUGGUAGACGAGCUGCAGAACCUCAGAAAUGAACAUUCUGCCUGCCUAUACACAAUUACUACUUUCAAAAGUCAGGUGGAAACAAUGCAACAAGACAUGAAUGAGCAGUUCCUAAGGUUUGCUGAAGAAAGGCGUGGCUUAGAAUCUCAAAACAAGGAACUUGAGAGAAGGGCUAUCAGCUCAGAAACAGCACUCAAAAGGCUUCGCUUGAACUAUUCCAUUGCAGUUGGUCAGCUACAAAAAGAUCUCGAACUCCUUUCCUUCCAGGUUUUGUCUAUGUUUGAGACAAACAAGAACCUUGCUAGGCAAGCUUUGUCAGAAGCUUCCCAACUAUGUUUUCCAGAGUAUACCGAAGAGAAUGCUGAAGAACCAUGCUCAUGGUCGGAGAAGGAUGAUUCAGAGACUGCAUUCCUGAAAGAACAGUACAAAUCAAGGGUACAAUCACUUAAAGUAGGGGUUGCUGUGCCCUGGAGAGCGGAGCUGUCUUCACAGCUCAAUGGCCCACCUGUUAAACUCAUUGACACUAUGAUACACAAUGUGGAUCAUAUUUUGGACGAGAAGGGUAUGUCUUUAAAAGAAGUUCCCAUGCAUGCAGAAAUGAUUUCCAAGGAUGGCAAUGCUACUCUUUCAAAGCUAAGGGCGAUUGAAGGUUUUACAGAUGCAGUAAAAGAGGGGGAUGCUGGUAUAAAUGGUUUGAGACUAGAGAAUGCAGGUCAGGUUGCCGUUCCAUACACAGUUAUUCCGGAAAUGAAGAAUUUGUUACUUCACGCUGAUCUAGCUGCAGAACAAAAGAAAAAGCUAUCAGAUGCAGAGGUUCUAUUGGAGGACAUGAAAAGAUCACUUCGAUUGCAGGAAGAGCUUCACAAGAGGGCAGAAGCUGAACUCUCUGAAAUGCAUCUGCUGAACUUGCACUUGGAAGUAUUUUCAAACAUAUUACAAGAAACUCUGCGGGAAGCAAAUGAUGGGAUUAGGCUCAUGGAGGGAAAGGCAGAUGAACUGGUUGAGCAGCUAGAAAGGACGACUGAGUUUAAGGAGAUGUUGAUGUCUAAGCUGCAGGCUGCAAAGCAUGAAUUAGAAGCACUGAGGAAAUCUGAGUCUAGGUGUAUGGCCAAAUGUGAAGAUUUGAGAGUGGAAAAUCACACUCUGGAAGCUAAGUUACAGCAUAUUUCAGAUGAGAAUGGUCUUCUUACUCAAGAGGUUACAGAAUGUGGCAGAUUGCUCCUGGAAUGCAGAAGUUACAAGAGUAUGUAUGAGGCUUGCACUGCGGAAAAGAAUGGCCUGGAGAAUUUCUUGGAACAGGAAAGCUUCGAAAAACACCAUCUUCGGAGUGAGAUUCUCUCUCUAAAUGAAGAAUUGGAAACCUUGAAAGCAGAAUUCGAUCGGCAGUCUUCUGAAAAGGGUGAUCUGGAAAAAACUGUCAUGGUUCUGCAAGACAAGUUGGGGAACCUUAGGUCUAGCAUGGUUUCAUAUAAUGAGCAAACCAGUGGACUGGCCCUUGCUGAUAAAUCAUUCCACCAAGAAUUGAAGGAGAAGAACUUCGAGACUACAUUCUUGCAUCUGGAAGAGCUUCAGCGGAUGGCACAUGAACAGAUUCUUCAACUCAGUCAAGAGAAGAAGGACAUAAUGCAAGAAAGAAAUAUUGUUCGAGGGUCAUUAAGCAGUGCAGAAUCAAAAAUUCUAUUCAUGAAUCAGAAGUUUGAUUCCGAUUUAAAAGACAUGGUGACUAAGCUAGAUGUGGCCAAUAUACAUGGGGAAAAGCUUCAGCUAGAGCUUCAAGAUGUUUCUUACAAACUCAGUCUUAGCUUACAAGCUGAAGAAAAAUAUGCAGAGCAGAACAGAGAGCUGUCAUCAAAACUCACAUUGUUGGAGACAGAACUGCAACGAGUUACUAGUGAAAACAGGGACUUUGCUCAAAAGAUCUUGACUUUUGACAGUGUGAACAAGGAACUUGAAAGGACUAAGUUGGCGAUCAUCGACUGUAGGCAGGAAAAUGAAGCAUUGAUGAUCUCUUUACAGGCUGGUAAUGAGGACUCUGUCCAAUUGGCAAAUGAGCUCAGCAGCUUAAACGAAAGUUUGAGAUGUGCACGUGAUGAAUUCCUGUCCACAAGAGACUCUAGAGAUGAAUUGGAGGCUACAGUUACAGUUCUUACUUCUCAAUUGAAUGAGAAGCAUGAGCAGAUGCUAUCUUUCAAGGGUCAGGAAGCUGAAUUGGUCCAUCUCAGGCAAGAGGUAUCAGAUCUUGAGUUCGAGUUAUCAAAAGUGAAGCAUCUUUUGUUCCAAAGCGAGCAAUGUCAAAGAAAGGCAGAUGAGGAAACUUCAUUUCUUCGGCUUCAAGUUAUUGAUCUGGAAACUAAUUUGGCAACCAUGCAUGAGUUCUUGUUGGCUGCUGAUGUGGAAGUCGUUUUCAUAAAAAAUCAGUUCCAGAUCAGGAUGAAGGAGCUUCUUGAUGAAGAGGUAUCAGAUCUUGAAUUCAAGUUGUCGAAAGUGAAUCAUCUUUUGUUCCAAAGCGAGCAACGUCAAAGAAAGGCAGAUGAGGAAGCUUCAUUUCUUAGGCUUGAACUUGUUGAUCUGGAAACUAAUUUGGCAACCAUGCAUGAGUUCUUGUUGGCUGCUGAUGUGGAAGUUGUUUUCAUAAAAAAUCAGUUCCAGAUCAGGAUGAAGGCGCUUCUUGACCGACUGAAUUCUUUAGAGAGGAAUAAUGUUGAUAUUUGUUUAAAGCAUCUGGAUGUAGUAACCACACUGAAUGCUCGCAUGGCCAUUGAAGCACAGUGUGUUGAAGAAAAUGCCGAACUGAUGACAGCUCUCCAAUCUUUGAGGUCUGAGUUAGAAACUGUUGUCAGUGAAAAAAGGGUACUUGAGGAUUAUGUUGAUAAAAGAAGUGCUAUCUGGGCUGAAUUUGAGAACUACAAGGCCAUGGCAGCAGUGGCUGAAGUUGACAGUUGUCAACAGAAGCAUAGGCAUGAAGUCGAGACUGAACAAUUGAAAAGCAGGCUGGUGAAUUUUGAAGAAGAGAUGGAUAAUCUAAGGUCCUCAAGGGAUGAAUUGGAAAUCACAGUUGUAGUCCUUAGAUCCAAGCUCGAUGAACUGCAUGCCCAGUUAUCGUUGCUGCAGGAGUGUGAUGAUGAGCUGAUGAAGUUGCGGAAUGAGAAUAAUGACCUUACUCACAGGCUUUCUGAACAGGUUUUCAAGACAGAAGAAUUCAAGAACCUGUCCAUACAUUUAAAAGAACUUAAAGACAGAGCAGAUGCAGAGCAUUCCCAAGUUCGUGAGAAAAGAGAAAUUGAAGGGCCAUCGUUCGCUGUGCAAGAGUCAUUGAGAAUUGCUUUUAUCAGAGAACAGUGCGAAACUAAGCUGCAAGAGCUGAGAAGUCAGCUUUACAUCUCCAAAAAACAUGGGGAAGAGAUGCUCUUGAAACUGCAGGAUGCACUUGAUGAGCUUGAGAACCGAAAGAAAGGUGAGGCUUCUCAAGCAAAAAGGAACGAAGAGCUGUCUAAGAAAAUCUUGGAACUGGAGACUGAGCUGCAGACAGUACUCACUGACAAGAGAGAAAAGGUCAGGGCUUAUGACCGAAUGAAGGCAGAAUUGGAAUGCUCGAUGUUAAGCCUGGACUGUUGUAAAGAAGAAAAACUUACGCUUGAAUCUUCUUUGCAAGAAUGCAACGAGGAGAGGACCAGAAUGGCAAUGGAGCUUAAUUCAAUGAAGGAACGGUUGGAAAGCUCUGCAUCUUCUACAAAUAUUACCAAGCAAGGAAAUCAUGAACCUGGUGGUCCCAAUGCUGUGUUCGUUCAGCCACUUGCAGAAACUGGCAGGUCCUUGACAUCAGAAGUUCAGAGCUGGCCUGGAAUGGAUACAGUAAACAUGGUUGCUACUAAUGAUGCAAAUAAAAUGGGCGGCCUGAAAUCCUCAGACACUAGUCUUGUAGUGGGUUCAUGUCAAGAUGAAUUGUCCAUUGAUGAAGGAAAUCAGUCAAGUUCACAGGAUGCCCUCGCAUCUAAAAGUUUUGAAGUUUCAAGGCUAGUGCGCCAAGAAAAAGAGGGCCUGCUGCAAAACAACAUGAAUACGGCUCUUAUCAAUGGGCAUUUCAGAGAGCAAUGCUUAAAGUCUAGCAUGGAGCGUCUUCAUAAAGAGUUGGAAAGGAUGAAAAAUGAGAACCUGACUUCUCUUCUACCACAAGAUGAACAUCAUUCAGACCCAGCUUUUCAAGGUUUACAAAGAGAGUUGUUGCAAUUACACAUGGCAAAUGAACAAUUGGGGAGCAUAUUUCCUUUAUUUAAUGAAUUUUCAGGCAGUGGAAAUGCAUUGGAAAGGGUACUCGCACUGGAAAUUGAGCUCGCGGAAGCAUUGCAAGCAAAGAAAAAAUCGAGCAUUCAUUUUCAGAGUUCAUUCCUGAAACAACAUAACGACGAGGAGGCAGUAUUCCAGAGCUUCAGGGACAUCAAUGAACUGAUUAAAGACAUGCUUCAAGUAAAGAGAAGGUACACUGCAGUGGAGACCGAGCUAAAGGAGAUGCAGGAACGCUACUCACAACUCAGCCUGCAGUUUGCGGAGGUUGAAGGAGAGAGGCAGCAACUGGUAAUGACGCUCAAGAAUGUUAGACCACCAAAGAAGGCAUAACUCUCUCAUCACUCCUUGUAGUAGGUCUCAAGACCGAGCCCAACAGUCAGCAAUGUGCAAUUUCUAAUCACUUGCCAAAUGGGCAUUCUAUCUGCAAGCAUGAGCCUUCAAUGCCCUCUCUGAUUUAUUUAUUAAAGAAAAAAAAUCAUGGGGUGGCUAUUUUCUAGUUAGGCAGAAAUGCAGUGGCCCAUCAGGCUUAUGUAUAUAUGGUUAUCAUAACCACUUGGAUUCAGGUGUCGAAGCUGAGAUGCAUCUUUGGUAAUGUAAAUAAUAAAAGCCGCAGCAUUUCUCAUCGCUGGUCUACGAACAACUUGAUUUAUUGGUGCCGACAGUUGUAUGCAAUCAAUUAGGACAUUUACUCGUGUACAUGUCGGUGUGUAAUUUUAUGCUGUAUAGUGAGAGUAAUAUUCUUUCAUUGA